AUAGUGUCAUCGAUAAUUUUGUGACUUUUAUCUUCUCUUUUCCUUAUCGCAGCGGGUUAGAUUUGACCUAAGUUGAACAAUGGCUCAAGAAAACGAAACGCAGAGCAAGGAAAGAUCGGUUUCGGUAGAUGAGAUGUCAUCUUCACCUGUAGAAAGGAAUACAGUGUUAGCCGAAAACAUUAGAUCUAAUGGAAAAGAUGAGAAAAAAUCUAACAGCGAAUUGAGUGAACAUUCUGUAUCAGCAUCAACUCAAGGAUUUGAAAAUAAAACCAAUGAAAACAAUGUAGGUGGAUCAAAUGAGUUAGUCGACGGGGAAGAAUAUUCGCUUUCAUCGGAGUCAAUAGAUUUAGAAACCCUUCACGAUGUUGGAAUUACAGUGCAUAUACAGAGCCCAGGUGCUGAAUUACUUUCAGUACAAUUAUCUAGCAUGGAGUUAGUGCAAGAAAUACAUCAAUUACUCAUGGAUCGAGAGGAUACUUGUCACCGUACCUGUUUUUCUUUACAAUUAAAUGGCGUAACUUUAGAUAACUUUGCUGAACUUAAAACCAUUGACGGUUUAAAACACGGAUCAACGAUUAAAGUUAUCGAAGAACCUUACACUAUGCGUGAGGCUCGUAUUCAUGUACGUCAUGUACGUGAUUUACUAAAAAGUAUGGACCCUUCGGAUGCAUACAGUGGUAUUGAAUGUAAUUCUCUUACGUUUUUACAUACUAUAACUCAGGGAGAUCUACUUGAAAAGAAAAAAUCGCGAUCUGAUUCAGUUGAUUGUACACCACCAGAUUAUGUAAUGCCUGGGGUGAAGGAGGCUCCGCUUAUUCCAUUGCAACCAGGUUUAAAGAAUUCAAGGGGACCACAAGCAAUUAAAAUUUUAACCACAUCUGCCUGGAAUCCUCCUCCAGGGCCUCGUAAAUUACAUGGUGAUCUUAUGUACUUAUAUGUUGUAACCAUGGAAGAAAAACGAUUUCAUAUAUCUGCAUGUCCGAAAGGAUUUUAUAUAAAUCAAUCGACAGACGAAGUAUUUAAUCCUAAGCCAGAUAACCCCAGCCAUUUGAAUCAUUCGUUGAUAGAUUUACUAUCGCAAAUUUCACCAUCUUUUAAGCGUGCAUUUCAACAAAUGCAAAAGAAACGUACUUUGCGCCACGCAUUUGAACGAGUUGCUACGCCUUAUCAAUUAUAUCAGUGGACUGCACCACAAUUAGAGCAUACAAUUGAUGCAAUUCGGGCUGAAGAUGCUUUUUCAUCAAAGCUUGGCUAUGAGGAACACAUCCCCGGGCAGACACGUGAUUGGAAUGAAGAGUUGCAAACUACACGUGAAUUGCCAAGAAAAACUUUACCUGAACGUUUACUUCGCGAACGAGCUAUUUUUAAAGUACAUGGAGACUUUGUUAUUGCAGCAACUCGGGGAGCCAUGGCCGUUAUAGACGGUAAUGUUUUAGCUAUAAAUCCUGGAGAGGAUCCAAAAAUGCAAAUGUUUAUAUGGAACAAUAUAUUUUUCUCGUUGGGAUUUGAUGUACGAGAUCAUUAUAAGGACUUGGGCGGUGAUGUAGCCGCCUUUGUAGCCCCUCGAAAUGAUCUCCAUGGUGUACGUGUUUAUAGUGCCGUAGAUAUAGAGGGUCUUUAUACAUUGGGAACAGUAGUAAUAGAUUAUCGUGGUUACAGAGUAACUGCUCAAUCCAUUAUCCCUGGGAUUUUGGAGAGAGAACAAGAACAAUCUGUUGUUUAUGGCUCCAUUGAUUUUGGAAAAACUGUUCUCAGCCAUCCAAAGUAUCUUGAAUUAUUACGGAAGGCUGGCAAACAUUUAAAGAUUAUGCCUCAUUCCGUAUUAAAUGAACGCGAUGAACCUGUAGAGUUGUGCUCUUCUGUGGAAUGUAAAGGCAUCAUAGGUAAUGAUGGCAGACAUUAUAUUCUGGAUCUACUUCGGACGUUUCCACCAGACGUAAAUUUCUUAGUUUUGGAUGAUGUCCAUAUUAGUCCUGUUUUGAAAGCUUUAGGUUUUCCAAUAGAGCAUAAACAUAAACUUUCCUGUUUAAGGCAGGAAUUACUUGAGGCGUUUAUUGAAGACCGUUAUGUUACUUUUAUACGAAGUGCAGCUCAACAUUUGCAAAAUUUUAAUUCCCAAAAGGCAACUGUUGAAAAUAAUAAUGAUUUAAACAGUGAAAGAAGUGAAACCGAGCAACCAGAAGUGGAAGGCCAAUUAGCAAUAAAAUCGAAGAAAGCGAACGAUGUUAUGUCGCAGGCCUUAGACGUUAUCAAAGAAGCACAAAUUAAAGUAGCUAGUUCUGAUGAGACGCAGGCUGCUGAUGUUGUCAAACACGCAUGCGCCGCUGUUGGUUCCUUAAAAGAACAAGAGUUCGAUUUUCGCUUUAACCCAGACGUAUUUUCGCCAGGAAUCCGUCAUGUAGAUGACUCAAGUUGUCAUAAUUCAAUUUCUAAGCAAAAAAAACUUAUACAAGAUGCUGCUGAAUUUUUGGUUACAAAACAACUGCCGUCUUUUAUUAAAGAACACAUGAAUCAUUCAUCACCGCCGAUGGAUGGCACAAGUUUAACGGAGGCUUUACAUAGUCACGGCAUUAACAUUAGGUAUCUUGGAAAAGUAAUAGAUAUGUUGGAAAAAAUACCUCGUUUGGAGUAUUUAUAUAGGAUUGCUGUUCUUGAAAUAAUAAUACGUGCUACCAAACAUAUUUAUUACUCAUAUAUGCAAAACACGGAUGUUAUGCAAUUGUCUAACGCCAUUAGUCAUUUUCUGAAUUGUUUCUUGUCACCGGGACCUGUACAUGCUGCCAGCAAUCCUAAUGACUCCAGUAAAUCUAAUCGUCGUGGAAAAAAGAAGUAUACUAAAAGUUCCAACGGUACUGGAAAUAAAAGCAUUUCAGUAGCCGAUAAUAAUGACUGGCUACAUGUAACCCCAAAAUCAAUAUGGAGUCAAAUUAAAAAAGAAGUUAAAUCAUAUUGGGACUAUGAUCUCAAAUGUGAUUCAAUUGAAACAGCUGUCGAAAUAUAUGGUUUCCAUCGAGUGAGUGUUUUGCGAGCUUUCUGCCUAAAAGUUGGAAUUCAAGUGUUGUUGAGGGAGUAUCAUUUUGAUUUACGAAAUAAAGCAACGUUCAACGAAGAGGACAUUCUAAACGUUUUUCCAAUUGUUAAACAUAUAAGCCCUCGUGCAUCAGAUGCAUACAACUUUUAUACUACAGGACAGUCUAAAAUACAGCAAGGGCUAUUUAAAGAAGGUUAUGAACUUAUUAGUGAGGCUCUUAAUCUUUUAAAUAAUGUUUUUGGAGCUAUGCAUUCCGAAAAUGGAUCUUGCUUACGUAUGUUAGCACGACUUAGCUACUUGUUGGGAGAUCCACAGGAAGCACUAGCAAUACAACAGCGCUCAGUAAUUAUGAGUGAACGAGUGAACGGUAUUGAUCACCCAUGUACCAUAUUAGAAUAUACACACUUAUCUUUAUAUUGUUUCGCUAAUGGUCAAAUUGGUGCAUCAUUAAAAUUGCUUUAUCGGGCUCGAUAUUUAUUGGUUUUGAUAUGCGGUGAAGAUCAUCCAGAAGUUGCCCUCAUAGAUAGUAAUAUUAGCUUAAUAUUGCAUGCAGUAGGGGAGUACGAGCUAUCUCUACGAUUUAUUGAACAUGCCCUGACGUUAAAUUUGAAAUAUUUUGGAGAGAAGUCCAUGCAUGUUGCAAUCAGUUACCACUUAGUUGCAAGAACUCAGUCAUGUAUGGGUGAUUUCCGUUCAGCUCUAAAUAAUGAAAAAGAAACGUAUGCCAUUUAUAAGUCUCAGUUAGGAGAGGCGCAUGAGAAAACUCGAGAAUCUGCUGAAUGCUUGCGCCUUCUUACACAGCAAGCUGUACUCUUGCAACGCAAAAUGAAUGAUAUAUAUUCAAAUGGUAAAUUGGGCACUGGGUUGCCUCCAAUUCACAUUCAACCACCGACCAUGGGAUCUGUUUUGGAGAUGCUUAACACAAUAAACGGAAUAUUGUUCGUUCAAAUCAGUCAAAAGGAUAUAGCUAAGGUUCGAACUGAAAUAGAGAAGCACUUAAAGAAUACAAGUGACAACAAUAUCGGAACUGGUCAAAAUAAUGGUAUCUUAGAAAGCUCGAGUAAUAUGUUGAAUUCUUUACCUAAACCUGAAAAGACUGAUGUAUUGACUAAUGGAAAUGAAAACAAUGGUGAUAAAGUUGGUAAAAGUUGAGUAACCAGUAUUUUGUGAUUGAUAACAGUCAUGAUAUGUAUGGAUUAUAUUAAUAAAAUGAGUCGCCGAUCUGCCAUUUUAUAA